AUGACUGACGAUCACCCCAGAGAACCGCACAAUGUCUUCAAAAUCCAAGACAAAAGUGGCUUAUACAAGCGUUCCAAUACUAAAAGCCGUCGAAGUGGAUCAGCUCGUCGAGCAGCUGUUCACUCUCAAGAUGGGAGUCGCGGUAGCCCAGGAACGCAACAUCCAGUGGCUGGAGAGAGCACCCAUCCAGAUCCCACUCUGUUUGGGACGGCUGGGGAAGAAGCCUGUGGAUCUGGUCAACCGCUCAGCCCUCGCUUUAUCAACAGGGCCAACGACCCAGGUCGUGGCAAGGAGAUGGUGUACUACGGAGACUCCUUCAAUCUCAACUACGUCCUACGAGAGAUGGGGAAUCCGUUCCAGGGCGAUUUUGACAGCUCCUCCUUGAAGGUUAGCAUCGAAGAACUGUAUUUGAACCAUUUAGGUCGGCCGAUGAAGGACCACCUCGACGCCCAUGAACACAGCGAGCGAUUCCGGUUACAAGAAAUGGGCGCAUUCCAGCGUCUCGACAAGGACAUAAGCGACGCCCUUCUCCAGACGUUCUUCGCUGUAGUGUACCCGUUCUGCCCCAUCUUCGAUCUUUCAGAGUUCCACACCAAAUACAAGGCAGAACAAAUCUCCCCGCUUGUAUUGCAGGCCCUAUAUUUCGCCGCCGCGGCUCAUUGUGAAUUGUCAUUGAUCGAAAAGGCGGGAUUUGCAAGUCGGUAUAUGGCAACCUUUACAUUCUAUCAAAGAGCAAAGGCAUUGUACGAUGCGAACUAUGAAUCGGACGCUAUAGCUACAGUCCAGGCCUUGUAUCUUCUGUCAUAUUGGUGGGGUAGCCCUUUGGAACAGAAGGAUAUGUGGCACUGGACGGGGCUUGCUGUUGGCCUUGCACAAACUCUCGGUUUGCACCAGAGUAAGACAUAUGCAGGCUUACCAGAAAGGCAACAGAAGUUGUGGAGACGUAUUUGGUGGACCGUCUAUAGUCACGAUAUCCUUAUGGCCCUUACAUUGGGUAAUACUCCGCAUGUCAAUGAGGCAUACUCUAACGUGCCCUUAUUAUCUGAGGCAGAUAUCGAGGACGACGAGGAUGGCUGGCAAGAUAUGCAUUUGAUCGGGAGUCAGACUCAAGAAUGUCGUCUAUACAUUGUUUAUCUUGUGGACUUGGCCAAGCGAACCAGUCAGUGUCUCGAGGCUCUCUUCGGUGCCAGCUCCAAUGAGUCCAAAAUACAAACCAGUCUUGACAGAGUCUCGUCAUGGCAAACGACACUUCCCCAUGUCCUACAGCGGAACAACUCCAUAAUUUCCCUGCAGAGCGGCUAUUGGACGUCUCUGAUUCAUCUGACCUACAAGAACGGCUUCCAUUACCCAGACCGGCUGAAGAUGGGGUCCCUACCUUCUGAUGCUGCUGUCAAUAUUGUGCGGAUCCUCGAGGAUAUGAUGUCCUCUGAGGUUCUUACCGUGUCGUGCCUCCGAACGCUACCGGCUGUAUUUGCCUCUCUAAGUGUCCAAAUUGCGAACAUUAGUGGAAAUUCACCUGAUGGUACUGGAAUUGCAAAGCAUAGGGCGCGCUUUUGCAUGCUUGUCCUGAAAACAUUGCAAGAUCGUUGGGCUCCACUCGUGUGGUACUAUUCUAUGUUCUUGAAAAUACUGCACAAAAUGGGCUGUGAAAUCCCAGGUGGCGAGGAACACAGCACUUAUUCAUUCCAUGAUCGCUCCCUGGGGGCGUCAAGCACCACUGAGCCUCUCCCUGACGCUACAUGGAGGCAGCCGCAACACAACCAGAUUUUCGAAAACCCUAGCGGGUCAUUCAUGGCGGAAGUCUUGACAGAGGAGGCUGAUUAUGGGGCAGUGAUGGAGUGUUUCCCAUUCUCAAGCUUCUUGGCUGACAGUAUGUCUGGGCAAUCCGACACCACGUUUGACCAGGCGGACAAUGCUCAGUCGUGA